UUACGCCAUCUUGGAUCUGCGGGCUACAGUGGCUAGCUAGCUAGCAAUUCGUUCUCAGAACGCAUCGUUACUCUGAUGUGGUUUGGUUUUUUCCCGCGUUGGUAUUAAGACGUUGAAUCCAACACAGAUCUCCACCUGAACCCUUCUUCUUCUCACGAAUGGACGGAGAAGAUGACGACUUCCUGUCGGGGAGGCACUCCGACGACGGAGGCGGCACUCCGGUUCAGGACGAGCACGGCGAGGAGGCCGGGAGCGGCGGGCACCAGUCAGAGGACGAGGGCAGUGGCCAUGACGACAGCCCCGUCGCCAUGGAGACCAGCGGGGCGGCGGGCGGCUCCGACAACGAGGAGCGCGGAGGAAGCAACAGCGACUCUGGGGCCGAAGCACCCGGGGGUUACCACGACAACAAGGGCGACUUGGAGGCGGAGCCUCCUCAACCCGCUGACAGCGAGGACGACGAGGACGCCGCGGUCAAGCGGAGGAUGAGCGGCUCGGACAAGGAGGAGGGAGGAUCGUCUCUCCCCAAGCGCAGAGAGAGCAGCUCGGAUGUGGAGGGGGGGGGGCACAUGGUGCCUGCGGGCAGCGACUCGGAGAACGAGGACGCCAAACCUGUGGCGUCUCUUAACGGUGACUCUGAGGAGGAGACACCGGCAAGACGCAAGGCAGUACAUCUAGACUCUGAGGAGGAGGAGGAGAAACAGGAGGAGGAGGGGGGAGGUGGUGGAGGGGGGAAGUGGAAGGCUGUGAUGCAGUCUGACAGUGAGGAGGAGGAGGAGGAGGGCCAAGGGGGGAGGAAGGCUGCAGCAGGAAACGAAGGCGAGAAGCAGCAGGAGGACGACGAGACGCCAGUGAGGAGGAAGAAGGCCGUCCUGUCGGACAGUGAGGAUGAUGAAGAGCACAACACAGACAAACCAGCCCCGAAGCGGACCCGGGUGGUGUCCGACGACUCUGACGGAGGCGCCCUGCCGCUCCGGCCCGACUCGGCCUUGGCGGCGAAGCUGAGGGAGCUCGGCUCGGACAGCGGCAGCGACGAAGACGAGCAGACGAAGAGCGGCGGGAAGAAAGAGGAGAAGGCUUUGUUCGGCAGCGACAGCGACUCCGGGGAGGGCGAGGAAGAGGAGGAGGAGGAGGAGGAGAAAAUGAUUGCGGACAUCUUUGGGGAGUCCGGCGACGAGGAGGAGGAGUUCACGGGGUUCAACCAGGAGGACCUGGAGGGAGACAAGAAGGAGGCCAAGGAGCAGCAGGAGCAGCAGCAGGAAGAGUCCGACUCGGACGACGGGGUGGACCGCAGCGGCCAAGACACCAGCUUCAUGUCGGACUUCGACGUCAUGUUGGCCCGGAGGAAAGCCAUGAACAGCAGGAAGCGCCGGCACCGCGACGGCGGAACCUUCAUCAGCGACGCCGACGACGUGGUCAGCGCCAUGAUCAGCAAGAUGAACGAGGCCGCCGAGGAGGACCGAACUCUGAACAGCCAGAAGAAACCGGCGCUAAAGAAGCUCACCCUGCUGCCGCACGUGGUCAUGCACCUGAAGAAGCAGGACCUGAAGGAGACGUUCAUCGACAGCGGUGUGAUGUCGGCCAUCAAAGAGUGGAUCAGCCCCCUUCCGGACAAAUCUCUGCCGGCCCUCAGGAUCCGAGAGGAGCUGCUCAGGAUCCUGCAGGAACUGCCCAGCGUGAGUCAGGAGACCCUGAAGCACAGCGGCAUCGGACGCUCCGUCAUGUUCCUCUACAAACACCCCAAAGAGUCCCGGGCCAACAAGGACCUCGCCCUGAAACUGAUCAAUGAGUGGUCCAGACCCAUCUUCGGCUUGACCUCCAACUACAAGGGGAUGACCAGAGAGGAGCGUCAGCAGAGGGACCUGGACCAGCAGAUGCCCCAGAAACAGAGACUCAGUUCGGGGGGUCAGACGCCUCGGAGAGACCUGGAGAAGCAGCUGACUGGGGAGGAGAAGGCUCUGCGGCCCGGCGACCCCGGCUUCUGCGCCCGGGCUCGGGUACCGAUGCCCUCCAACAAAGACUACGUGGUGCGGCCCAAGUGGAACGUGGAGAUGGAGUCCAACAGGAGCGGCUAUAAGAAAGGCCUCAGCCAGCUGGAGAAGCUCAAGCGCCGCGUCGCCGACCAGAAGAAAACGGGCCGCCCACAGGGAGCCGUGAAGAUCAGCAUAGAGGGGAACAGGAUGCCCCUGUAGCUGGAGGGCGGGGGGGCACACGGCCCGAUGAAGAAGGGGAUGACCCGCGUGGACAAACAGAUGAGGAGGUUCGCCGACAUCCGCCGCCUCACCAAGCCGGGUCACGCCGUCAAGAUCAGCGUGGAGGGAAACCGCAUGCCGCUCUGAUUUUAGCCCUACGAGGACUUAGUGACUCUUCUUUCUUUUUUACGUGUUGUAUCAUGAACAAUCCCCCCCCUCAGGUCCAGCUCUGUCCAACGAAGAGCCAACGUCAAAUCAUUUUCAAUUAAAGGGACAAUUUUCAAGGGUUUAGUGGCAUCUAGUGGUGAGCUUGCAGACCACAGCGGACCCCCGUCUCAGCCUACUGGAGAGACGGGGGAGAAACAUGGCCGCCCCCCCUGAUGAAAACAAAGUUGUGAAUAUUAUUUUACAUUUCUGCCAAUAAAUCCCACUAAAUCCUCCACUAGUCGGUGUGUGAACAUCUGAUGAAAACAGGUCUCUGCAGUUUGAUUAGCGGUUAGCUACAAUUAACUAGCUAACCGGAUCCACAGUGUGUUAACUGUUAGCGCUACAUUAGCUUAACACUAGGCUAAGUAAAGAUGGCAGUAAUCACACUCAUGGCCAUGCUAUUAGCUACAGUUAGCAUUGGCCUACCAAGGUCAUUUAAAAUGAUAAUUCUAAUGUUAGCAAUGACUUCAGGCAAAUGAAUCCUCAAUGACUCUUUGCUUUAGCUGCAAGCUAGCUGAGUUAGCAGCUGAAGACGACAUCGACGAGGUCAAACCAAACCGAUGACCAGUAAAUGGACUCUGGGUCUCCUGGUUUCAAGCCUGUUGAGUUGAAGUCAGAGAGCGGAUUCUUCCCUUUGACCAAAGUACCUUCACGUGACGCUCUUUCUGUUUGGCUGAGGGCCCGUUUUGACCCUUCUCUGCUCCCGUAGCGCCGUACAGCGAGCCUGUUGAUCUGGAUCAGCUCUGUGUUCUGGAUCAGGUGAUGCUUUUUCUUAAUAAAGACUCAAACACUC